GGCGGGGGGCGGCCCCGCUCCCACCCGCUUACAGCCCGCGCCGCGACCCUGGCAUCCUGGCGAGGAGGAGGCGAGCCGGGCUGUCGGAGCCGGUCCCCGAGAGCGGAGCGGAGCGCAGCGCCGGGGACCCCGGCGAGGAGGCGGCACGGGCCGGGCCAAGGCGCAGGGGCCGGAGGGGCUUCCGGGCGUUUGCGGAGGCGAAGCACGCGCGCUGCUCCCCAGCCGGCUCUCCGGCGCCCGCGCCCCGCCUUCGAGGUCCGGCGAUUUCAGGCUGCAGGGUGCAUCUCUAGAGGAGCGGCUUGAGAAAGUUGGAGCAGGAAAAUAGCCUGGAUCUGGAGGCUUGCUUUAAGGCUGGUCACUUUCUGCAAGGAAGGAAAAGAGGAAGAGAUUGGCUCAGUUCUCUGCAGGACAGCCUGCUAUCUGCUGUACAGCUGAAUACCACUGGAACAGAGCAAGGGAGGGGAUAUUGUACCACAUCAGAGCAGAUUCACCUCUAGUGGCAGCUCUGGUGGUGUUGGAAUUGCUGCUGACCACCACCCUCAGCGGAUCCGCCCCCACCUGGGAACCAUCCGUUCUCCCCCAGCUUGGUUGUGCCUCUUCUGCACCCUGUCUAUAAUAUUGGUUGUGGCUCGUCUUGGGAAGGAGGCUUAUUGACUGCUGGACUGGUGAUUGACUCUAACUCUUAUUUCUAACUGUAUUGUCUGAAUCACCGAAGGAUCAGAGUGUGAAGAUAGAGACUGUGACACAUCUGUGGUAGAGGCUCAGACUGUGCUACUGAUAUUUUAACUGUGUCUUUUCUGUAACGGGUACUAUGACUGGGGCUGAGAUUGAACCUAGUGCCCAGGCCAAGCCUGAAAAGAAGGCUGGAGAAGAGGUUGGGGGUGGAACUGAGAGAGAGAAUGAUGUCCAGAUGGUGGUCAGACCCAAGGUUAGGACCCAGACCCAGGCAAUGCCUGGGGCAAGGCCCAAAACUGAGUCAAAGGCUAUGAAUGGGGCAAGACCCAAAACUGAGUCAAAGGCUAUGAAUGGGGCAAGGCCCAAAACUGAGUCCCAAGCAAUGUCUGGGGCAAGACGCAAAACUGAACCACAGGCAGUGGUUGGGGCAAGGCCCAAAACUGAGGCCAGGGCAGUAGGCGGGGCACGUCCUAAAACUGAGGCCAAGGCAAUCCCUGGGGCAAGGCCCAAGGAUGAAGCCCAGGCUUGGGCCCAGGCUGAAUUUGGAGCUGAAGCAAUGUCCCAAACAGAGGGCAUGCCCCAAACCAAUGCAGCAGCUUGGCCACUAGUCAGUACUGAGUCUGUAUCAGUUGCUAAACCCAUAGCCCUAUCUGUAGAUAGGGAACUGGUAAAUGUGGACCCUGAGACCUUUCCUGGCUCCCAGGGUCAGUCAGGAAUUCAACCCUGGUUUGGAUCAGGGGAGGAAACUAAUAUGGGGUCUUGGUGCUAUCCCAGGCCCAGGGCCAGAGAGGAAGCGUCUAAUGAAUCUGGAUUCUGGUCAGCAGAUGAGACCUCUACGAUGUCUUCUCUCUGGGCUGGAGAAGAGGCCACUAUCAGAUCAUGGCCCAGGGAAGAGGCCAGUACCAGGUCCAGGCACAGGGCUAAACAUCAGCCUAACCCCAGGUCUAGGCCCAGAUCCAAGCAAGAACCCUAUGUUGAUUCCUGGUCUGGGUCUGAGGAGGAGUCUGGCAACCCAUUCUGCUUGUGGUCUGGAGAAAAUGCCAAUAACUUGUUCAGACCCAGAGCCAGGGAUGAGGCAAAUGCUAAGUCCAAACCCAGGACAAAGAAAGAGGACUUUUUUGAAUCUGAGUCUGAAGAUGAGUACUAUAAUGAGUCUUGGUUUUUGCCUGAAGAGAUCAUUAAUAGGUUCAGGCCCAGAGAUAAGGAGGAGCCUAAUACUGUCUUGAAGCCCAGGGCCCAGAAAGAUGAUAACAGUAAUAGGGUCAAGCAUGAGCCCAAGUUUGAGGAGGAUGUCAUCAUUGGGUCCUGGUUCUGGGCAGAGAAAGAGGCUGGUGUGGAGGCUGGGGCUUCAGCCAUCUGUGAGUCCAUGCCAGGGGCUGAGGAGGGGGCCAUUGGUGGAUCCUUGUUCUGGACAGAGGAAAAGUCCAGUUUGGGGGCUGUGGCCAGAGAAGAGACCAGGCAGGAGUCUGAAGAAGAGGCCAUAUUUGGGUCCUGGUUCUGGGAUAGGGAUGAGGCUUGCUUUGACCUAAAUCCUAAUCCUGUGUACAGGGCUUCCAGGUUCAGAGAUUUUGCUGAAGAGGGAAUUAAUACAGCAUCCAGGCCUCGAACCUGGGAAGAGGUCACUGUUGAAUACAAAUCUGGCCCUUAUAGGAUUGGCUUCCCAUCCCCAAGCUCCUUUAGAAUUCCUGAAGAUGCAUCCUCUGCAUUCGCUGAACUGUUUGUGGGAAAGCCCAAUGCGGAAGGGGAAGAUGAGGAAUCUUCCCCUCAGGCCGAUCAGCUCACAUUGGAGUGUGAACCCUCCUACCGGUCAGUCCGGGAAAUUAGAGAGCAUCUUAGGACCAGGGAGAGUGCGGAGCCUGAGAGUUGGUCUUGCAGCUGCAUACAAUGUGAACUUAAAAUUGGUUCUGGAGAGUUUGAGGAACUCCUCCUGUUAAUGGAAAAGGUUCGAGAUCCUUUUAUUCAGGAAAUAUAUAAAAUUGCAAUGGGUACGAGAAGUGCUUCUCAGUUUACCCGAGAUUUCAUUCGGGAUUCAGGUGUUGUCUCACUUAUUGAAACAUUGCUUGAUUAUCCCACCUCCCGAGUUAGGACAAGAUUUUUGGAAAAUAUGAUUCUCAUGGCUCCACCUUAUCCACACCUAAACAUGAUUGAAACAUUCAUAUGUCAAGUGUGUGAGGAAACCUUUGCACAAGGCUUGGAUUCCCCUGAGCAACUUCUUGGAUUAAGGCUGCUUAGACACCUCACUAUGACUAAUGACUAUCACACACUGGUUGCCAAUUUUAUGUCUGAGUUUCUUUCUCUGUUAGUCACAGGAGAUGCAACAACAAAGUUUUAUGUUCUGAAAAUGCUGUUGAACAUGUCUGAAAAUCCUGUGGUGGCAAAAACUCUAUUCAGUACCAAAGCUCUGUCGGUAUUUGUGGGUCUCUUUACCUUACAAGAGUCACAUGAUAAUAUUCAAAUUGUUAUUAAAAUGUUUCAGAAUAUCAAUAAUAUUAUGAGAAAUGGAAAAGCAGCCUUAAUUGAUGAUGAUUUCAGUCCUGUGCCGUUUAUGUCUGCAUUCCACGAAUUUGAGAAGCUAGCUAAGGCACUACAAACCCAAAUAGACAAUCAAAACGAUCCUGAUGGAGGACAACCAAACUAAUAAGAUUAACCAUCUGUCUCAUCAGCCUUGUGUUCCCAAAGAGCCCCGAGUAGUGCUUUGGUUUUCACUGUCUGGUUUUGUGUUGUAACUUAUAUUUUUAAUGCUGAUGUUAACUUUGUCCAGUUCUUGGCUUGAGCUGGAUCAUUUUCUGGAUGCCAAAUGAAUAUUAGAGCUGAAAACAUAUUUGUUGAUAUUUGUCUUGCUGUCCAGAUUGCAGUAUUUUUCAGUAUUGAGCUUCCAAUGAACUGAGUUGCCUAUGUAAGCUACCCUGUUGUUUGUUGUUUAAACAUAUGGUUCUCUAUUUCAGUCUGUGUUUUCAAUAAAGUUCUGUGUGAAAAUUGGCAAAA